GUAAUGCAUUUGUGGUUAGCCUGGCUUUGGCUGAUCUGGUGGUGGCCUUGUAUCCAUAUCCACUGGUGCUCUUAGCUAUUUUCCACAAUGGAUGGACUUUGGGUGAAAUGCAUUGUAAAGUGAGCGGCUUUGUGAUGGGACUAAGUGUAAUAGGCUCUAUUUUCAACAUCACUGCAAUUGCAAUAAACCGAUAUUGCUAUAUAUGUCAUAGUUUUGCCUAUGACAAAGUGUACAGCUGUUGGAACACGAUGCUGUACGUCUCCUUAGUAUGGGUAUUAACAGUAAUUGCAACUGUGCCAAAUUUUUUUGUUGGCUCUUUAAAGUAUGAUCCACGCAUCUAUUCAUGCACAUUUGUUCAGACUGCAAGCUCCUACUAUACGAUAUCUGUUGUGGUAAUUCACUUCAUCGUCCCUAUCACCAUUGUGAGCUUCUGCUACCUUCGAAUUUGGGUUUUAGUGCUUCAAGUUAGGAGACGAGUCAAGUCAGAAACAAAGCCAAGACUGAAGCCAAGCGACUUCAGAAACUUUCUUACCAUGUUUGUAGUUUUUGUGAUUUUUGCCUUUUGCUGGGCACCUCUAAACUUCAUUGGGCUGGCUGUAGCCAUCGAUCCCAUGGAAAUGGCACCAAAAGUUCCUGAAUGGUUGUUCAUUAUAAGCUACUUCAUGGCCUAUUUCAACAGCUGCCUUAAUGCAAUAAUAUAUGGACUCCUUAACCAGAAUUUUCGGAAUGAAUACAAACGAAUUUUAAUGUCACUGUGGAUGCCAAGGCUUUUCUUCCAGGACACAUCCAAAGGUGGAACUGAUGGUCAGAAGAGCAAGCCUUCUCCUGCUUUAAACAACAAUGACCAAAUGAAAACUGAUACCUUGUAAAUGUGUAAUAGGUGUAAAAAUAAAUGUCAAUGCAAGAGGCUGUCAUGGACAACUCCAAGAAUAUAGUUGUAAUAUUCUGAUCAUUCUUGCUUACUUUUGGGGUCUUUCCAUUUGGAUGGCACUUUGUGACUGGAAUACUGUCUUUUGAUAAAGCA